UAUUGGUUACACACAAAAAAAAUGGACAAAUAUCUGUGGCUCUGAAUUUACAGGAAUCAGGUCUAAUGUUAGGGUGGUCCUAAAAUAGCUUUGACAUUUUUCUCUUUGACUCAUUUUUCCUCUAUCUAGAGUUUUCCCUAGGAAAACUUAAAAGAUUGUUUAGGUUUUCACAGGAUUGAAAACAAAAGGUCCCACAAAUUUGGUUAAUAAUGAUGGUGCCAGGUACAGAGAAACCUUUAAUUUGCCCCACAGGGAGAAAAAAUUCACAGAACUCAUACUAGCCCAUAAAUAAUCAAUGCAAUUCUCCUUUUUUCUCCAUUGAAUCUCAUGUUCCACAAGGUUGCAGCAGCAUCAUUUGGUUUAGACUAUCCUUAGAAGAGAAAUGAACUUGGGGUUGCUAGUAUAGCAAUUCCUUGAAAUUCCAAUAAAUCCCACUUUAUAAAAAUUCAUGCAUUUUCUCAGACUCAUAGCACCACCCUAUGAUUGAAUCCCUUCAGAAUAAAAACGUGCUCAAAUGGCAACACUCCAAUAUUCCAGUGAAUUUUUCUUUUUACAUCAUAGUGAAUCCACCAAGGAGUAAUUCUCAACAGUCAUCUAGAAGCUGGGUGUCAGGAACUCUCUCCAUUUAGAUCAAAUUAGUUGCCCUCUCUACAGCUUCUUCUGGUUGGGAGCAUGGAACUUUUAUAUGCCUUGCACUAAAGUAGCUCCAAGAGGGGAAUAGCCUUUCCUACAAAGACCUCAGUUUGAACCUAACUCUACUAUAAAACAAAAGCUGGGGGAGAGGGGAAGGAGAGACUGUCCAGAUGAUUAUAGCCCUUAAUAAUUCAGCAUAUGGAGUGGAGCCUCCCAAAAUAUCCAUCCCAUUGGAAUUUUCAACAACCAAUUGAUCACUUAGACCUGUCCUCCAGGAGACAAGAAAGUUCAAGGACAGACUCUCCCUAGGAAGGUACAAUGAAAGUGACAAAGUCUCCCUACUGCUUCUACCCCAAGUUCACCCAUUUGAUUGUGGAAUUCUCUUGAUCAAUUUAAAAAUUCCUUAAGGUGAGAUUCUGAUCCAGUUGGGAAAAAUACAAACUAUAUGUAUUCUAGGACAUGUUUAACAAGAACAGGAAGGGGAUAUAAAAAGAGAGUUUUGUCUCUUUUAUUUUUUUUUUUGAUGAUGUCAACAGAUUCCUUUGCUUAUUUUCUUAAAGCCAAGCACACAAUUCUUGAAGUGGAAUCAGAAAACUGAGUGUGAGGUUAGGAACUAGAAGAUGAGAGUCUCAAGCUAAAACCAAAAUUAUUGUAGCUAUCAUGACCAGAAACUCACAAAUAUCCAUCAAGCUGGUAAGUUGAAGCAUAAACAAGUAACAACUUGGCCAAAAGCUUCUUUACAUGAUGAUAAUGUGAACGAAAAAAGGAAGGGAAGGGGGAGGAGGGAAGGAGGGAGAGAGAGGCAAGGAGGAAAGAGAGAGAGAGAGGGAGGGAGGAAGGGAGGAAGGAAGGAAGGAAGAAGGAAGGAAGGAAGGAAGGAAGGAAGGAAGGAAGGAAGGAAGGAAGGAAGGAAGGAAGGAAGGAAGGAAGGAAGGAAGGAAGGAAGAAAAAAGGAAGGAAGGAAGGAAGGAGGGAAGGAAGGAAGGAAGGCAGGCAGGCGGGAGGGAGGGAGAGAGGGAGAGAGGAAAAGAAAAUAGCUGAAGACAGAAAAUUCCAUUGCAUUUGGCCAUUAAAAUCAAUGGUAACUUUGGAGAGAGGGGUUUUAAAAUUGUGAAGAAAUCAGAAAUCAGGUAAUAAAUUGCUGAGAAGUAGUGAGAGGAGACGAAAUGGAAGCAAAGAUAGUUUUUCUUUUUUUUUUUUUUUCCUGCAAGUUUGGCUAUAAAAGGGAGGAGAGAUAAAGAUUGAUGCUAACUUGAAGUGACGGUCUCUUAAUUUUAGAAUUGAUUGUAUGACAUGCGAAACACUGACACAGGACCCCCCAGCAUAGCUUGUCCUCAUCAGAAAAAGAUGCUGUACUCUAUGAACAAAGCAGAAUUGAAUUAGGUCAGAAGAAAAGCGAGAUAUCCUAAGUUAGUUCACUUUAAAUGUUCAUAGGGACUAUUUGUGUCUCAGAGCCUUCCGCUCGUGUGGGUCUAAUCAACCACAGUCGGACACCCGAACUUGAUUCUUGCAUAGUGAUGUCAUUUUGGUCCUCUGAGAACGAAGGGCAACAACCAACCAACCGACCAACUAAUGAAGUGAUGGUAGAAUUAAGUGAGACUCUUUUAGAGAUGGGAGACACUUGGGUGUUUCCAGAUUGUUUUCUGAAAAUGGAUUCAAAAUUCUGCCAUGUGUUCUUCACACUCUCUGCAUUAACAAUUUCAGUCACAUUUUCCUACCACCAAGAUGAACAGAAAGUUCUGCUAGUUUCUUUUGAUGGAUUCCGUUGGGAUUACAUCUACAGAGUCCCCACGCCCAAUUUUGAUUAUAUAAAGGAGCAUGGUGCCUAUGUCAAGCAAGUUACUAAUGUUUUUGUUACAACAACUUAUCCUAAUCACUAUACUUUGGUGACUGGUCUCUACCCAGAGAGUCAUGGUAUAAUUGCCAAUGACAUGUAUGAUUCUGUCCAGAACAAAACCUUCUCCUUGGAGCACUUGGAAAUCUAUGAUUCAGAAUUUUGGGAAGAUGCAACUCCAAUAUGGAUUACAAAUCAAAAAGCAGGCCAUGAGACAGGUGCUGCGAUGUGGCCUGGGACAGAUGUGAAAAUACAUGGAGAAUUUCCUACUUAUUAUAUGCCUUAUAAUCAAUCUGUUUCAUUUGAAGACAGAGUCACAAGAAUUAUUGAAUGGUUUAAGUUAGAGAAAUCCAUAAAUUUUGCUCUUCUUUACUGGGAAGAUCCUGAUGAGAUGGGUCACAAUUUAGGGCCAGACAAUCCACUCAUGGACUCUGUCAUUUCUGAUAUUGACAGUAAGAUAGGAUAUCUCAUCAAAGAGCUGAUGAAAGAAAAGUUGUGGAAUACCGUGAACCUAAUUAUCACAAGUGAUCAUGGAAUGACACAGUGUUCUGGGGAAAGGAUCAUAGAACUUGACCACUAUAUCAAUCCAAAUGACUAUUUCCUGAUAGACAAUUCACCAGUGAGAGGCAUUUUGCCAAAAAAAGGUAAAUUGGACAAGAUUUAUGCAGCACUGACUAAUGCUCAUCCUAAUCUAACUGUUUAUAAAAAGGAGGACAUUCCGGAAAGAUUUCAUUACAAGCACCAUCACAGAAUUCAACCCAUUUUGAUAAUGGCUGACAAAGGAUGGACCAUUAUACAGAAUAGAUCUAAUACAUUCAUGUUAGGUAAUCAUGGUUACGAUAAUGAAUUUUCUGAUAUGCAUCCAUUGUUCUUGGCCCAUGGUCCUACUUUCAAGAAGAAUAUUUCAAAGAAUUCCAUGAACUCGACAGAUUUGUAUCCACUUCUGUGCCAUAUUCUUAACAUUCCUCCAAUGCCACAUAAUGGAUCACUAGCAAACGUAAAGGAACUGCUUUCUGAAACAGUUCCCACAGUGGUUCCCCAUAGUAUGAUGACUCCACAGAGCAAUGUGAACCUAAGGAUUUAUAAACUGCAGUCAUAUGCAUACUUUAUGGGAGUUUUCCUAGGUAGCAUGAUAGUCAUUGUGUUUCUAAUAGUAUUUAUUAAACACUUAACUCAUAGCCAAAUGCCCACCAUACAAGAGCGGAAUGUUGAAAUAGCUCAACCAUUGCUAUGGUCCUAAGAUUGCUUUAGAAUAAAUAUCUUUGUAGUUAAAUAGUUAUUGUUUUAAAAUAUAAAGUCUGAUUCCAGGAAAACAACUUCAGAAUUCCCACAGAAAGAACAAACAGCGCUUUUACACACACAUACACCCACACCCACACACACAACCAUAUAUGUACUACACACAUACAUACAUACAUGACAUAAAAGUUCACAGUGCUGUUUACCUGCAUGAGAUUAAAAAUAUAACUAAGAGCAUGUCUUAACUUUAUUCUUUAGCCCUGGAGGAGAUUAAUAUCCAGUGUUAGAGGAACUGGAGACGAAUUAGACAUGUGGUGACUUUUAAUCCUUAUAGAUACCUCACUUGUAAUUAUUCUUAGAAGAAAAUUAGUUUUAUUUUUAAAAUUUAAAAAUUUCAGUGCACUUUAUAGAUUACUGAGCCCUAACAUUUAGUCAACUGAUAAAAAAAAAAAGCUCAUCAUACCCAUAACUAGCAGAUGCUGCAUUUCCCUGUUAUAAAAAGGACAUAUGAUUAUUUGCCCACAAGAGAGAUGCAGAGGUUGCUUCGUAAUUACAUAAUACAUCUCCUUAAAAGUUAGGAGACCUAGAAUAAGUGAAAGUUUUCCUUAGCUAACUGGGGCUAUCUUUAUAUCAAAAGAACAGAAGCAAUUGCCUGUAUCGAUGCAUUUCAUCAUAGGUUUUCAAAAGCACAUGAUCCUCAUUCCAUUUUUAGAAAAUGCUCUAUAUGAAAGAGUAACUGGCAAAGUUACUUCAAAACAUUUCUUUUCAUUAUAAACUAAUUUUUACAUUUCCCACAUAAUAGUCUCACUCUGAAUACUUUUACAAUUUCAACACCAAGUUCACUAUAAUCUCUUUUAUUUAUUAAAAUAUAUAGAUAAGCUAAGGGGAACUAAGUAUUCUCAAGUUCCAGCUUUUUUGACCUUGUUCUUAGAGUAUUUGAUUUUUAAAAAAAUAUUACUAUCACAACCAGUACACAAAGGCUAUAAUAUAAUCAAUAAAGUGAUGUAGUAUUACUGUGCUUAGAGGCCCCUGUCUCUAUGGCAUAGUGGAUAGGGAACUACUUGAAGUCCAAAAGUGAUGUGUACUGGCAGUGUGACCCAGGGCACCUCACUAAACUUCUCAGACACCUUUUUCUGGGGAUUCAAUUUAAAUAAUUUUUUUUUAAACCUAAGUAAAAACUAUAGUGACUUCAUCUUAAAAUAUAUGCAACAUUUUACACCUGUAUCAUCCUCCUUCUGUUAAAGAAAAAAAUAGAAUAUUUUUCUCCCUCCCAUUUCUAACCCAUUAAAAAAAAAAAAAAAAAAACAAUUUUCUUAUAACAAACAUACACACUCAAGCAAAACAAAUUAUUUCAUUAUAAAUAAAAAUGUAUGACUCAUUCUAUACAAUCUCUUUAAUGGAUGAUAUAUUUCAUUACUGGUCCUCUGGGAUCAUGAAUGCUCAUUGUAUGGAUUGUAGUUUGGUAAUUUUUUUUUUGGCUUAAAAAGUUGCCUGUUUUUUAGAGUUGUUGUCAUGGUAGAAAAUGAUUCUCUUCUCUUUUUUUGCUCAUUUCAGUCUUCAAUAACUUUGAAAAGUUCUUAAAACGUUUCACUCUCCAAUAUCCUAAGUUGUGGAGAAGUUGCCUACCUGCAAUGCUUGAGGGAGUUUGUUUAUUAGAUAGUUCCUUGUAUCAGAGAAAUCCUAGAUCCUGUUUCUAUCCCCUAACAUUACAAUCAGUAUUGAUCAAAUACUUUUCUUUAUAAGACCCUAAUAACAAAACAAAAAAAGCAACCUUAUGAAAUAGUGAGGAUUGUCUUAAAGACUGCCUCAGAAUACAUGUUAUAGUUGUAAGCACCGUGAGUCAGUAACUGGCAAUAUUUAAGUUUGCAUUUUGGAUUAUAUGCUCAAUAAGUAAUUGUUGAGAUAAAUGGACCAGCAUUUUAAAGCUUUUAAAGAAAAGCAUUGCCACUUUUAAGAGUUUUUGCAAUAUGGAGGGACUGGGAUCAUGUGUUUCAUUUAAUCAAGACAUUACGUAAACUUCUGCAGUAUAUGUAAGGCACUUUGCUAAGUGCUGGGGAGGAAGAGAAUCAUAGGUUUAUUGGUGUAAGGAAUGUUUCUCUUCGUCUCCAAUUAAUAAUUGUUAUGUGCCAAAUGUCAUCCCAGUCCCUCUUAUUCCCAACUGUAUUUUAGCACAAAAAAUGUACUUUUAAGACAUUUCUUAAAGUGCUCAAAAGGCUUCUCAAAGGGAAAAGUGAAUAUUGGGAAAGAAAGGUUUUGUUUUGUUUUUUCUCUUAACUAAUUGGAGAUUAUGUCAUUUCUCUUAAUAGAUAAAUUCUUUAAAAUAGGUCAAAAAAUUUUUACGUAUAAAUUGAUAUUUGUAUUAAUGACUAACAAAACUAUAUACUGUGAUAAAUAUCCAAGAAUGGGAAGAAAUGUGAAAUUAAAAGAAAAAAGUUGCAUAGCAUAUGACUAUAGCUGCACUUUAAUGCUUUCUAAGGCAAUGUGAACAAAUCAUGUUAGAUAAUACUACUAAUACUUAUUAACACCUGAGUUGUUUUAUAUAAUAAAUGAUGGUAUCUAGACUGAUUACAUAUUUAUAAACCUCUUUAAGUUGUGAAACAUGAUACUGAUAUUUAAUACCAAGAAAUUUAGAACCUGGGUCUGCUAUCUCAGAAAAUGUAUGUAUCAAUGUUGACACUUCAUUUUCCAACUUCUCUGUAAUAUUGGGAUGUUACUAUGUGGAUGAUACAAUUAGUAUAUAAUGGCUUUGAAAAUCACAAAGCCUGAGUUUUUCUUUCUUUUCUUUCUCUGUAAAUCCAAGUAUGAUGAAGACAGUUUUUUUCCCUCAUUCUAAAAGCUGCUAAUUCUGUAAACAAGCGCAUAGCAAAAAUUAUUUAAUAAUAAAAACUUAAUUGUAAUAAUUCCAUUAAAAUUAAGAUUCUUAUAUACA